CAAACGACGUCGGAGUAUCUGGCAAAUCCAACAACUCCAUACAAGCGAAAGCAACCCAUUCCCCUAAAAACCUACACCUCCUCCGCCGAUCCCCCGCCGCCGGGUCGACUUGCACCACCGCCAGUGAGUAACUGUCAUAUACAUGGAGAAUGAGAACACGAAGAAGGAGAAAUACGAGAGCUACGUGGUUGUGCACAACAUAGCGAAGAGGCACAACGUGGGAACACUCGCCCGCAGCGCCACCGCGUUCGGUGUGUCGGAGCUAAUAUUGGUGGGGCGGCGCGACUUCAACUCCUUUGGCAGCCACGGCUCCACCUCACACCUCCGGUUCCGGCACUUCCACUCUCUGGCAUUUGCCCGUUCCUUCCUCAAGGAGAGGGAUUGUGAUAUAUGUGGAGUGGAGAUCAAGGAUAAUGCUAUGGCUAUAAACCAGCAUCCUUUCAGGAAGAGUACCGCCUUUCUUCUCGGCAAUGAGGGAACAGGGCUUUCUGCUAAGGAGUGUGAGAUAUGUGACUUUUUUGUUUACAUUCCACAAUAUGGCGGUGGCACUGCUUCUUUGAAUGUUACUGUAGCUGCUUCCAUUGUCCUACAUCAUUUUGGAGUUUGGGCAGGAUUCUCUGAGAGAACCCGUGAAGGCAACAAGUUUCAAGUGGCUGAAAAACCAGCUAACCAGAUGAGGAGAAGUCUCUGCACAGAAUCAGCAGAAUCGAUCGCGGAGGAGCGAAGACUAAAAAAGGAAAAUGCUGCAAAUGGUUUUUUUGAUGAGAAUGGAAAAGACGAAGCUCCUUCCAACCUUCUUGAUGCAUUGUUUGAUUCAUAGUCGUGGGAAAUCAGAAACCUACUUAACUUCAUUACCAAUCUCAAACUUUUUCCAACAAAUCAUGCACAUGGAUGGAAGCAUAAAAAGUACACAGCCGUUGACCUGGAGCUUCUGGCUAUUAUCAUACAGGAGCUUCAAUAUUGGCUGCUAAUCUUGGGCAAUGCCGAAUAUGAAUCAAAUUGGUGUAUCACAUAUGUUGUCUCUGGCAUUUGCUUGACAAUCAUUAGACUUUCCAAGUUUGUAAGAGGCACAUAUGAGUGUAACCUUAUUCAGGAUUGGUGUUUCUGAGGACCAUAUUGUAUUAUGUAAUGCUAAAUUCUGGACUCGGACAUGCUACACAUGUUUCUAUCAGUAGUAAAAACGAGUGUAUUUUUGAGUAGUUAUAAUACGAAAUUGUUUGGUAUUGAACGUGUCACUGUAGUAGAGCAAGUGUAUACAGUAUUUCCUUUGUUAGUUUAUGCAUCAAGAUAAGCUUGAUUG